CAAAUGCGUCCGACCUGGGCCGACCGAAACGAACCGUCGUGGGCCAGUUCGAGUCAUGGGGCUCGCCUGGGUGCAGUGAGUGUGCGCGCGCGGAGGACAUGCACGCCGUGCUCGUGCCUGUCUACCUUCUGCUUAUUACCCCCAUCACAUUCUCUUGGUGGCCAGCCGGAAGUCAGUUGUUGCUAGAUCCGCAAGUGAUGUGUAUGAAGAAGCGCCAGAGUAAGAAGAUGCAGGAGAUGUGUCAGGAUACGUUGCUCAAAGCUUACGUGGGAAAUGGCGUACGGCUGGCCCAGGAGGAAUGUCAAUGGCAGUUUCGCCAUCGUAGGUGGAAUUGCACUUCAACGCAGAGGAGCCUCAAAAAUGUUGUCUUGAAUGACACAAGAGAAACAGCAUUCGUCAAUGCGCUUAUCGCUGCCGGAGUGACAUACACCGUGACGCGAGCCUGCACCACAGGCGAGUUGCAACACAAAUGUUCCUGCGAUUCAACCUGGAAACGUCAAAAGAAAUACGGUAGGGAAGGUGAUUUUCGCUGGGACGGAUGUGGCGAGAAUAUCAACUACGGUGUGCGCAGAUCAAAAGAUUUCCUGGAUUCUAGAUACAAGCAUGUUAAAAACGACAUUAAGACAUUAGUCAAACUGCAUAAUUAUGCCGCCGGACGAAUGGCGAUUAAACGUCACAUGCGAACUCAGUGCAAAUGUCAUGGUAUAUCCGGGUCGUGUACGAUGAAAACCUGUUGGAAGAAAAUGCCGGCCUUCCGCGAGGUGGGUGAUAGAUUAAAGGAACAUUUUGACGGCGCUGCAAAAGUAAUCCCAGGCAAUGACGGACAUAGCUUUGUACCCGAAGGUGACACCAUCAAACCACCCGGUAGGGAAGAUCUGGUUUACUUGGAGGAAUCCAUCAAGUACUGCACCGAGAAUCUCACUCUAGGAUCAUUAGGUACUAAGGGAAGAAGUUGUAACGCUUCGUCGUUGGGUGAAGAAGGUUGUGAUAUCUUGUGCUGCGGAAGAGGUUAUCAGACUGUACGACGACGUGAGACGGUCAAUUGCAAUUGCGAAUUCAAAUGGUGCUGCAACGUGGUAUGUCAAACGUGUGAGAAUGAGUACGACGAAAUCACCUGUCGAUAAAUCAGGUUAUGUUAAGAAAUAAAAAUAUCAUUGUGAUUUGGGGUGCACCCUGUAAAUAUCUAAUCUCUUUUGAUAGCUCUAAGUGUAAUUUGAAUAAAUAAUGAUUGUUAAUAUGAGAA